UUAGGUUAUGAGAGAACCACAAACAAAACGUUCAAGAGGUUUUGGGUUUGUCACUUACUCUUCUGUGUCGGAGGUGGAUGCUGCAAUGUCUGCACGGCCACACAAAGUUGAUGGUCGUGUUGUAGAACCAAAAAGAGCAGUGUCAAGAGAGGAUUCUACAAAACCUGGUGCCCAUUUAACAGUGAAAAAAAUAUUUGUUGGCGGUAUCAAAGAAGAUACUGAAGAAUAUCAUCUGAGAGAUUAUUUUGAGAAGUAUGGCAAGAUUGAAAAUAUUGAAGUUAUGACUGAUCGUGGAAGUGGAAAAAAACGAGGGUUUGCCUUUGUCACAUUUGAUGAUCAUGACUCUGUCGACAAAAUUGUCGUUCAAAAAUAUCACACCGUGAAUGGACACAACUGUGAAGUGAGAAAAGCGCUUUCACGACAGGAGAUGCAGGGGAUUGGAUCUGGCCAAAGAGGACGCGGUAGUUCUGGAGGUGGCAAUAGCCCUGGCCAUUAUAUGGGCCGUGGUGGUGGUAAUUUUGGAGGUGGAAAUGGGGGAGGCAAUUUCAACCGUGGAGGAAAUUUCAGUGGAAGAGGAAUGGGAAAUUUUGGAGGUGGCCGCGAUGAUUAUGGAGGGAGUGGUGGUGGUGGCUAUAAUGGGUUUGGUGAUGGUGGCAAUUUUGGAGGUGGCCAAGGUUACUGUGGUAGAGGAGGAGGAGGAGGAUAUGGCGGUGGUGGCCCAGGUUUUGGCAACCAAGGUGGUGGUGGAGGUGGAGGAGGAUAUGGUGGUGGUGGUGGCUACGACAACUACAAUGAAGGUGGAAACUUUGGAGGGCAUUUUGGUGGUGGCGGUGGCGGUGGGAACUACAAUGAUUUUGGAAACUAUCCUAACCAAUCGUCAAAUUACGGACCCAUGAAGAAUAGCAAUUAUGGUCGGAACUCUGGUCCUUAUGGCGGUGGUUAUGGAUCUGGUGGUGGUGGUGGAAGUGGAGGAGGUAGCGGUGGUUAUGGCAGAAGAUACUGACCACAUUUGCUGAAAGAUUGGAUAAGAAGUCGUCUUCCACUUUAACUGUGGCAAGUUGCAUACUACGUUAAUGCUCAAUUUCUGGAAUGGUAAGAUUGAGAAAGAUGUAUGCAUCAUAACUUUAAUUUUCUUCCCAUGAUUGUAACUUCAAGCUAUCAGUUUUGUUCUUCAAUUAUGCAGAGUAACAACACAGUGCCAAUGCAUAAUUUAUAACAAAAUUGAAAUUGUCCAUUGGCUACAUCUCAUUCCAGACAGAUGUAGUCCGAAGAGAACCAUGACAUGGUAAAUCCAGUUUUACUUCCUCUCAACAUGUGAAACAAUGGUAUUUGAAGUUCAUUGUCACACCAUACAUAAAUGGGGAGUGGGAGCAAAGGUUAGAUCUUUUGUUGGUAAAAUUCCCUGGAUAUUUAACUUGGUUAUUACUACAGUGAUUUUUUUUUUAAGUUUUUAAUAAAUUUUUACAUAACUGGCCUUUGUUUAUCCCACUGCAAAGUAUCCAAAGCUUUCACUGAAUGUAGCGUUAAACUUCAAUUCCAGAACUAUUUAAUGGAAUUUGUUCAUGUGUAUGAACUAAAAUGUUGCUAAAUUCAACCUGUUGUAGAUAUGGUCUCCGAAAAUAUUGAAUUUGAUAACUAAAAUUGAAAUGUUUUAUUGAACAAUUAAUUUGCUUUCUUGGAUUUUUGUCUCAACUAACUAUAUUUGCAUACUUUUUUCCUAGCUUCCAUGUUGAAAGAUUACAGCCAUACUUUCUGUCUUGGUAUAACAAUCAUAAACUAAUUACUUUUUCAUAUUACUGCAACAGAAUGACUAAACAUUGAAGCAACAGGGGACACUAAUUUUUUGCAAAUGGAAAUAAAUAUUUAAUAAAUUCAGCCUGAAUGUC